UUUAAUAAUAUUAUUAUUAUUAAUAAUAAUAAUAAUAGCCGACAGAAAAACAACUCCGGCUUCGCUGCGUCACGCAAAUCCUCCCACACCAAAAAAAAAAAAAAGUUGAGCCGAACAGUGUCGACAUGGGGAUCCGAAAGAAGACCAACAAGAACCCGCCGGUGCUGAGCCAUGAGUUUGUCAUCCAGAACCAUGCAGACAUCGUGUCCUGUGUUGCUAUGGUGUUCCUUCUCGGGCUGAUGUUUGAGGUCACCUCGAAGUUUGCAGUGUUAUUCAUAACAGUCCAGUACAAUGUCACCAUAUCAACAAAUGGCCCAGAGGAGACGGCCGUGAACCACUUCCACCACGGCAUCAAGGACUUGGCCACCACCUUCUUCUACAUGCUGGUGGCCAUCAUCAUGCACGCCAUUAUCCAGGAGUACGUGCUGGACAAAAUCAACAGGAAGAAGCACUUCUCCAAAACCAAGCACAGCAAGUUCAAUGAGUCGGGCCAGCUGAGCGCCUUCUACCUGUUCUCCUUCGGCUGGGGCGCCAGCAUCCUGCUCUCCGAAAAGCUCCUGUCCAAUCCGGUCAGCCUGUGGGAGGGCUAUCCCCAUACUCUGAUGCCAUUCCAGUUGAAAUUCUACUUCAUUUGUCAGCUGGGCUACUGGUUGCACGCGAUGCCAGAACUCUAUUUCCAAAAGACAAAGAAGGAGGAUAUUCCACGGCAGCUUGUGUACAUCUUCCUGUACCUGGUCCACAUUGCGGGCGCCUACAUUCUGAACCUGAACCGUCUGGGUCUGGUCCUGCUGGUGUUGCACUACUUUGUGGAGCUUCUGUUCCACGUUUCCCGCCUGGUCUACUUCAGCAACGAGAGCCGGCAAACGGGUUUCACCAUAUGGGCCGUCUUGUUUGUCCUCGGGCGGCUGCUCACGCUGUCCUUGUCCGUCCUCACCGUGGGCUUUGGCCUCGCCACGUCUGACAACCAAGGCUUUGAUUUGGCCGCGGGGAACUUUAAUGUUAUUUUUGUGCGGAUAACCGUCCUGGCGGCCAUUUGCCUCACUCAGGCCUUCAUGAUGUGGAAAUUCAUCAACUUCCAGCUGCGGCGGUGGAGGGAGCAUGCCCAAGCCCAGACUCUGAAAAAGAAACCAGUUGCUUCCAAGAGCAAAUCAAAGAAAGACAAAGCCAAUGGAGUAAACGGAGUGAGCUCCCACGCCGCCGAUUCACCGAGAGCCCGAAAAGAGAAGUCGUCAUGAAUGCAUUCCCCCGUCCAUCGCUGUCGCGGCUGCACCCGACCAAUGGCGCCUCCAGCGCCUCGCCCGCGCUGUGCACCCCGGGCUCUCACACAGGACUGACCUCCCAGCUGGACUUCAAAGGCGCCUCGACUCAACAAUCAUUGCUCC